CGUGAAGUGGGCGGGAAAUUGAUUCAGUGUUGAUGAACGCCGAGCGGCAACAGACUCGCCACACAUCACGAUGUUUUAUGCCCAAAUCUUCACCUCCAAACGAAGCACACUAGCCAAGAUAUGGCUCGCAGCCCACUGGGAGAAGAAAAUAACCAAAGCACACGUGUUUGAAUGCGACCUAGAGACCACCAUAAAGGAGAUCUUGUCACCCCAGAUUAAAAUCGGUCUGCGAACUUCAGGUCACCUUCUUUUAGGAGUUGUCCGGAUAUACUCAAGGAAGACCAGAUACCUUCUCACAGACUGCAGUGAUGCAUUGGUCAAAAUUAAUGUGGCUUUCCGGCCAGGACAGACAGAUCUGCCUGAGGAUGCGAUGGAGGCCGCGUUAAAAUCUAUCACUCUACCAGAGGACUUCACUGACUUUGAUUCCCAGCUGCCUGAUCUCAACACCAUUGAUGUGGUCGAUCACUUCUCUUUGAAUCAGUGCCGCACUGAAGAUAUUACCCUCAAAGAGACCUUUGAGAACCACUUUCUCACCAUGGAGCAAAUUGGUGAGGAAAUCCAGUCUUAUCAAGGGUUGUUUGAUCAGAGUUUCAGUGUCCACGGCGACUGCUUUGGUGAUGAAGAAAUGGCUGUCGACCUCAUUGAUUUUAUAGCAAAUACUACUGAUGAUGCUGUGGUGCCUGAUUUCUAUGAGGACACCCCGAAUGAAUUACCAGCGACACCUCCUCCUACUGCUGUCACUGCAGAAGGGAAUGAUGAGCUGGAGUCUGUGAAACCAGGACUUUCCUGUUUAAAGGGUAGGAGCAGUCCAGCCUUGACUGAGACCACUUUCUUGGUAAAUGCAGAGGAAGGCUUUGCUCUUGCACCGGUUGCUGGCACACCGUCUUCAGCAAGGAAAAGAAGCACGAGGAAGCGGAAGCUAGUGAUUGACCGAUCAAAGGAACUAACAAACGAUGACAUCAGGAAUCAACUGGCUGACUGCUCUGACCUUUUAACCCCAUUGGAGAUAGCCCCGCCCACUCGGCAGCUCAUGGAGUGGAGGGAAAAUGGAGGAGUGAAGCAGCUGUUCUCCAGUUUUUGUCUGCCACUCUUUCACCCUGACUUAAAGCAGCUGUUCCCUUGUGGCACAUCACGUAGGAGACCAGGCUUGGAGGGAGGAGCGAGACAGCAGACUGACCCUGAGGAAAUGAGAGAGCAACCUAGAGAGGCAGUCUGGGAGAGCACUGCUCAGCCGGUGCUGGAUGACUGGAGUUUGCUGCAAGAGUCUGUUGUUCCAGAUCAACCUUCUGUCACUCAUCCAGAACCUCCACCACUGUGGAACACCACCAGUGAAGAGAGUAGGUUGGAGGUGUCGUAUCCAGAGCCUGUCUCUGAUAUCUCCAUGUUUGUUCAUCCAUCUGGAGGGACGAGGGAAACCCCAGUGACACAGGCACAGGUAGUGCUAAACACUCAACCACACACGAAACAUAUCUUUUUCCGUCAGGACCACAAAUAA